AUGAACGAUAACCAAACUUCGGGUUCCGGUGGUUUUAGUCUCAAGAGCAUACUGUCUGAUGAAGAUCAUGAGGCCGGUUCGAUCUUAUUGUCUCUGUCAAAUCCAAAUACUGCCCCUCUACCUCAACAGUCAACUCCUCAUUAUAAUCAGUCAAGGGAUUAUUACCCUUCCAAAGAUAUUGAACAGCAAAUGUCCGACGUGGAGAUAGCUGCAGCUACCAUUUCUUCUUUAUCAACAAUUUCAAAUAGCGUAAAAUCAAUUCCACAGCAUCAAAGGCAGAGAGCAAAAAGUAAUUCAAUGUCCAUCGCCUCAUUACUGGGUGGUGACGAACCUGCUUCUUCAGAUUCCGGACGUUCAAUUCCAAAUGGAUCGUUGAUCAAUGAACAGUCACAGCAGAGGUAUCAGCAACAGCAUCAAGAAUCAUAUCCCGAGGAAAUGAGAAAUGGUGAUAUACAUUCGCACCAUCAAGGUCAACAUAAUUUGGAUUACGGUCUUUUUAACAGUUCAUCCAAUCAUAAUGGUAUAAGGAAGCUUGCAAAGAGGUUAUCUGGAGGAUCGGCGCCUUUGGUAGUGAAUACCACCACAAAGAUUCCGCAAAGGGAACCAAAAGGGAUUCAAAAGAAAAGUCCACAGAAACGUAGACCUUCUGACGCAGUUGAUUUCAGUAAUACAAGACCCAAGGUGCAUCGGAAUCCGGAUCUAAAUUAUUUCCCACAUGGUCCUCCAACAACUUCUGGUGGUCCAAAAUUAUCCGAUCUGAAGGAGCAAUUAGGUGAAGAGAGGAUCCAAAAUCGUUUAAUUUCAGCCGUACCAAAUUAUCCCAUGGAAUGGGAUCGCGGACAGCAUCCACAGUCACUUCAUCAAACUCGACCUUCUCAUAGUAUAACAACACAGACCGAGAUGCCGAAUGGAAAUCGUUUUACGAAUAAUCUUCCGCUAUCAAUGGCAAAGAAUGUCAACUCUCCUCCAAUGCAUGGCGAUUCACAAAAGUUAAAUGUUAAAAAUUUUUUAAUGAGCAACAAUGAAAGGCAAGGAAACAAAACUACUUCUCCACCUCUCCCCGGUCUAUCCGCUCAUGUUCCUAAUGGUUACCAACAUGGACACGGUGUAGGAGUUGGUGGAAUGGUCGGAACUCAUGUGGAUAUCACACCGCAACUUUCACAACAACCACCACCACAAAUGCCACCGAUACAAAAUGGAAUGCCGGCAAUAAGCGGACAUCAUAGUGCAUUCAGCAACCAGUUUCAUAAGAAAUAUCAAGAUAUGGAAAACAAUAAAAGUAAGGAUGGCCAUUUACAAUCACAAACUCCACCACCACAGAAUAAUAACAUCAUGAAUAGACAAAUCAUACCGAAUGGUUCUCCGAUGAAUAAUGAUCAUGUAAUGGUGACACAAGUUAAUGGGAAUAAUAUAUACGGUUCUCGUGAUGGUUAUCCACCGAUACAGCCUAAUAAUUCGGGAUUUAUGCAUUCCUCCGAGAUUGCUGCCAAUUCAGGAGUUCAACAACGUAGGGUAUCUGAUCCACUUAUGCAUCCAAUUUCAAAUGUUAAUGCUAUUUCAGGCUCACGUAAUGUUUACCCUAAUGGACCAUCUCUAGUAGAACAACCACCACCACCACAUACACCUCAACGUCGUUCAACUGGUUCUUCUCACAACUCUCCACCUAUACAUUCCUCGAGCGUCCAACAUUCAUCAUCACAGCGACAAAACAUUUUAUCUUCAUUAUCAGAGCCAUCACAUAGAACUUCAACACCAUCAACUUCAAGGUCUGUAUCUCAAUCAAGUCAACAUUCAUAUAUGCCAGGGCCUCAUGAUGCAUUAACCUCAAGAAAUUCGUAUGAAAAAACAUCUCCAGUUCCACCCCCACCCACGUAUAUACCAGGACCUCAUGAUUCACGAAAUUCGUAUGAUAAAACGCCGCCGGCUCAAACUGUAUACAUGCCGGGUCCUUCACGAAAUUCUUACAUUGCUAAAUCAUCAGCUCCAAUACCUCAAUCGCCUGCAAUGAAUCCUUCACGACAAGGUCCACUUGCAAAUCAUUAUCAUAAUCAUUCACCUUCACCUGGUCCACCACAAAGUGGAUCAAAUCGUUUAUCUGGAAUUGGAAUGUCUCCACACCAUAAUCUCCAUUCAGAACCUGUUUGUGCGCCUGUAAAUGGUCCAAAUGGUUUGAGUCCAUCUAGGAGGAUAUUAGAACCACAAUCUCAGUCAAGUGGGUAUGGAAGCAAUAACGGUCACUCGCAUCAUCUUCAUUCUCAUUUAGAUGUCCCUCCACCGGCUCAAGUAUUGGGUCAAUCGACAAGAGGAGCUUAUUAUUGA